CCUUACGGCUCAGGUACGCGUUUCUAGACUAUUCGGCACGACUUCCAUACCACUCGCACCUGCCUGUUUCGCGGGUCGAGCAAACCCAUUCUGCGGGCGAACCAAUUAGGAACUACGCUCCGUUAGCGCGUCUCCGCAAGCCUUCCCCAGAUCGCCUGAUCAUCCCGACUCCGAGGCUCCUGGUUCUACAAAAUUAUCAUGCACGCAACAGGAACCAUUACCAUGGAGCAGCCAUCUCAAAAACGAGUAUCGAAAGCGUGCGACGCGUGCAAAAGGAGGAAGGUGCGGUGUAAUGGCCAAACGCGUUGUCAACAAUGCGCACAUCUCGGUUUGCGGUGCAUCUACUCACCGUCCGGCAAGCAAAGGUCUCAGGGCAAGAGAGGCCAUAUUAUCUCAGAGUUCAGAAACCAGACCUCCACCCUGCCAACGAUAUCGCCUCCAAUACUGCCAGCUCAUUCCGGGACGUCCAGCUUCCAGACACCGUACAGCCCCGUCUCGCCGAUAGUUGACCGUAAUGGAGGCACGCCGACAUUUCCCUCGCCAUCAUCUGCAUCACAGUACACCAAAGCUUAUUUCCUCGACCUUAUUCCAGAUUAUGUCGAUGGGGUGUAUCCCGUACAUCCGGUCAUUGCCGAAUAUGAGCUUCGACAGUACAUCGAGGUCAUGGACAACGAUCCAGAUGUCCGCUCGUUCGUCUUCGCUUUUGGCGCUUGCACGCUGAAUCUUACGCGUUACGGUGACCAAAGAACAGACGAAGUCGUUCAAACCAUCGAGAGCCUCAUGGACUACUCGAUCGACACCAUGAGGCGAACACACAAACAUUGUCAAGUGUCUGUCAUGCGAGCUGUCCAGUCGAUGUUCAUUCACAACUGCCUCAUGAGUCUGUCAGCUAGCGACAGCGCGUUUUAUUACAUGCGAGACGCCAUCACGAUCAUUCAGCUUCUGCGGAUAGACAACCCGGAAAAUGUGGCACAGCUAUCCCCUCCCGAGCGAUCGCGAAGACAGCGGCUGUACUGGCAAGCGUACAUCCAUGAGCGAUUUCUAGCUAUUUUAGACUACCGACGAGCUAUUCUGCCCCCGCUCUUCACACUGCCUGAAGACGAUCCCACCCUUCCGAUACAAAUUCACGAGGGUUUCAACCAAAUCAUUAAGCUUUUUCGCAUGCUCGACACGGAAUUUCUAGAUAGUUGGCUUGAUUCCCAAGGAGGUAGCGUAACUAGUACCUGGGUUGAGGCCAAAUCGCGCGAGCUUGAAGGCGAUCCUGAAGCCGAUGCCCGAGAGCUGGCCAUGUUGUCGAUGAUGCAACGGGCCGAUUUAUGCAUCACCCGUGAGUGGCUGCGCACUUUGGUCUGGCGCUUAGCUAUGAGCCAGACCCUCCUAUCUUCCCGAUCAUCGAAAGAGUGUCUAUCGCUCUUGUUUCCAGUACGACUGUCACAGACAUUACGGCAACAACUAUCCAGCAUGUCGCGCCAAGAUAUCGAAGUACAUGGAAGCAGCAUCACUCAAAAGCUCUUCGAAAUUACGGACACCAUUGCUGAUGUUCUGAUUCAUGUCCCUGCAGCGACUAUCGAUGAAACAGCACUACGGGUUGAUGAUUUUCUUUUCAUCCUGGACUUUGUCUUGUUGAUUCCACAUCUUGAUCAAACACGGCGGGGAAUUUUGCAAGAGAAAUUGUUACGACUACAGACUAUGUUCCCUGAAGCACUCAGCAACGCUAGCUCGCCGAACUUGCCACUUGGCAGUCCUGGUGGCGCGAACGACCCUUGGUACCAGGUUACGCAGUCGAAGACAGCUGCAGGAUUAGAAGAUUUGGCCGACGAAUUGGUGCAGACCCAAGCCCAAGAGAUCCCCAGAUUGGAGGCGAGAAGUGGGCAGUUGGCUACCUGGAACAAUAUCUCACAUCGUCUAUCGAUGCAGGUCGCUCAUGUAGCUCAGUGAGGUAUAGCAUCAAGCAGAAAAUCUGUUCAGGUGAUGCUAUCUACGCAAGUAAAUAGAUCCUCCCUUCAAAAGCAGCCAACUUCUUCUCCUCGCAGUCAUCAACACUGCUAACAAGAAGGUCCAUCUUCUUGCCCAUCACGCUUUCUGGGAAUACCAGAUCCUUCUUUUUAUCCGUGAAGUUGCAAAUGCAUACUGCCUUCUUCUCGUUCCAUGUCUUGCUGAAAACGAAGAAAUCUUUGCUCUCCAAGUCCAAAUCGUCGUACUGACCGUGAACAAGGAGAUCGUUGUGCUGUUUGCGCACUUGUAACAUACGCUUCCAGAAAGCCAGGACGGAAUUCUUGUCGCUUUGUUGCUGGGUGGCGUUGCAUACAUCCGCAUCCUCGAGGGGCCGCA